CGCUCGGGCAUGCGGGAGGCAGGGCAGGGCCAGGAGGAGCAGCUGCUGCGCGGGGGGCUGAGCGCCCUGGGGCUGGAGCUGGUGCUGGACUUCAUCAACACCUCCUGCCUGGCCAGGCUGGAGCAGGAGGAGGGGGGCGAUGAGGAGCCCCCUUUGCUGGAGGAGCUGGUGGAGGCCGCGUCCUACCUGCAGGUCACCCCCUUGCUCCGCCUGCUCCUCUCCCAGGUGAGGCUGGGCAACUGCUUCGAGCUGCACCGCCUGGCUCAGGUCUAUGGUCUCCAGGACUUGCACGAUGCCUGUCUAGACUUCAUGGCCACCCAUUACCAUCAGGUGCUGCGGAGGCCCGAUGCCCGGCCACAUCUCCUCCUGCCCCACGCUCUCCAGCAGCACUUGAAGGAGAGGCGGAUGAGGGGCAGUGCCACCCUCGUGGCCAUCGGGGACUUCAUGGGUGCCUCCUCCCUGGGUCUGCCUCCGGGCUGUCACCCUCAGGUGGAAGCCCCCUGGUCUAUGCUGAGGUAUGAUGAGGAAGCGCAGAGGUGGCUGCCCCUGGCCAACAACCUGCCCCCUGAUCUGGUGAACGUCCGAGGCUAUGGGUCGGCGAUGUUGGACAACUACCUGUUCAUCGUUGGGGGCUACAGGAUCACCAGCCAGGAGAUUUCGGCUGCCCAUUGUUACAACCCUUGCCUCAAUGAGUGGAGUCAGCUGGCUUCAAUGAACCAGAAGAGGUCCAAUUUUAAGCUUUUGGCUGUAAAUGGAAAGCUCUAUGCCGUCGGUGGUCAAUCCCUUUCCAACGUAGAGUGCUAUAACCCAGAAAACGACUGGUGGAGUUUUGUAGCAUCCAUGCCAAACCCUCUUGCAGAAUUCUCAGCUUGUGAAUGCAAGGGCAAGAUCUACGUUAUCGGAGGAUACACUACACGAG